AUGAAGAGAGAGUUUUUGGAGGUAGAAGACGCUUUGUCAUAUUUGGAUCAAGUAAAGACUCAGUUCGCUGAUCAACCAAAUGUUUACACACAGUUUCUGGAUAUAAUGAAGGACUUCAAAUCUCAGGCGUAUGCAAAUGAGAACUCAUUGGGUGCAUACGUUUUGUUUUGUGAUUUACCUUUUUUAAGUAUCGACACUCCUGGUGUUAUAACAAGAGUAAUCAUGAAUGAGCCGGCAACAGAACGCUUACUAGAGGAGAAAGAAGUCAUUGACGGUGGUAGGAUGAUACAAUCGGACCAUCGAAUAUCCGAACACACUGUUGAAGAUGCCCAGAAUAUUCCAACACCUGCUGCUCUAGCACCGUCUCCUAGGGCAAACGCUCCAAUAGUGAAUCCAAAUCGACAAGAUAUCAACGAAGCUAUUGGCUACGUUAACCGUAUAAAGGCUAGGUUCGCUAACAAGCCAAUUGUUUACAAAAAGUUCUUAGACAUUUUGCAUACCUAUCAAAGGACUGUUGAUAAACAUUCGCGUUCACCUCCAAGAGAAAAAGCUGUGUUGGAUGCAGUAACGUCCUUGUUUGGUGAGGAACCAGAUCUGCUCGAAGAAUUUCGACAUUUCCUUCCUGGUGUUUAUGGCCUUCGUAGCUCUUCAGAUGUGUUGUGGGAUAAUGAGCAAAAGGAGGUAGAGGUAUCUUCUGAGUCUGAAGAAACACCUACUAGAGAAGAGCCAUCUGAUUCUGAACGCGAACAACGAAGCAUGUCAAAACGAAAGCGACGUGCGAAAUUAGCGAUGGACUUGACGGCUGGAAUACGCCAUUCAAAUGCAGCUAUUUGGAAAAGGGAAGUGUCUAUGAAGGACAUCGUACUCAGUGCUACUGUCGAUGACAUAAUGUAUUUCGAUAAGGUGCUGAAUGAUACUUGGGUGUCAUUCCCAUCUUGGUCCUCUGAAGAUACUACACAUGUUUCAUCAAAGAAAACCCAGUAUGAAGAAUUCAUCUACCGUACGGAAGAUGAACGUUUCGAGUUGGAUAUUAUAAUCGAUGUAAAUAAAUACGCUAUCGAGUCACUUGAAGUUGUUCGUCGACGUAUGGAGCGGAUGACACAAUCUGAAUUAGACAAGUUUCAAUUAGAUGAAAGACUUGGCGGUAGCUCUCCUUCCUUGAUGCUACGUGCUAUAAAACGGAUUUACGGAGAACAUGCCUCCAAGAUCACAGAAGGAAUUAAAAGGAACCCAUCCAUAACUAUUCCUAAGGUAUUGGACAGAAUGCGUGACAAAGAGAAGGAAUGGCGUGAAGCUCAGGUCGCGAUGAACAGAUCUGAGGAAGGUCUAUGUGAGGAUGUAGGACCACACAUAGUCUUACUUUAUCCAGAAGAUCGAUCACUUCUUCAUGAUGCGUCGAACUUGAUUAUCCACUAUGUCAAAAGGCAAUCGAACAUACACAAGGAAGAAAAGAAUAAGAUUAAAUGCAUUCUUCGACGGUUUGUAACAGAAUGGUUUGGAGUCGACGAUGAGGAAAUGAGUGAUGGAGAAGAAAAUAGUGAUCCAUUAAUUCAUGCCAUAGGACCGCCAAGAAAGCGACGAAAAGAAGACGCUCCAGAAGAUGAACCAGCAAAGCUGAUUCCAACUGCUCACUAUCGACUUGUUUACGGCGGCAAUUCGCUGUUCUUAUUCUUCCGUGUCCACCAAAUGAUAUGUGAUCGCCUUGGAAAGCUGAAGAUAAAACAUGCGGAACAAAUUCGAAAUUAUGAGGACGAACUGAAAGUUGCAGCUAUGCAAGCGCAGUUAUACAAGAUACAUGGGAAACACUUCGGUAGUCAUGAGCAGAAUGCAAGCGAUACGAAUAAUGGAUUGGCAAUUAUUAAAAGCCCUCAACGUUCUCCUCUGUCCAACUAUUCUGACCUCUUAUGUGAAAUUAAAAAUCUCUUGGACGGCAAUAUUGACUCAAAUACAUUUGAGGAUAAUGUUCGACUACUUUUUCCAAUAGACGGGUAUCUAGUGGCGACAAUAGAUAAGCUAAUAGCAAUGGUAGGCAGACAGCUCCAUUUUAUGGCGACUGGAUCUGAAGGGUUUGAGACGAUGAGACUUUAUCAACGUUAUCGCUACGACAAGCCAAUAUCUGUGUUCAGUCAAUCAGCUAGAAAAAUAAGAGUCGAGGAAGAAUAUUCACAAUCGGCAGAAUCAUUCUUUAGCUGCCAGAACUGUUUCAAAAUAUUUUUGAUUUAUGAAGAAAAGCCCGUUGUAACAAUUGAAUUGGUGGACACAGAGACCGAGGAAGAAGCCGCUGAGGUUGAGAACUCACAACCUAACGAUGAUUCAGUGGCAUAUGUGAGUAGUGAUGAUGACUCUGACCAAAACGAGGAAGUCGAGGAAGAACAGCGAAGAACAGGCAGAACGGGCGUUCUAAAACCAAAUGGCUUAUCAUCAACGAGUCGCCUUUUUAUGAGACGUAAUGCGCGGAUACGAAAGCCAGAAAUAGCAGGAGAGUUUGUCGUAGUUGGAGGAAUACCGAAUACAGGCUGUUCCUAUUCAUGGGAGGGAAUUGUUCGUAGGAACCGCUUCCGCGGACUGUGUUUCAUGGAACGCAUGUAUUAUGUUAGAAAAUCUCGAGCUGGUGAAAUGUUCGCAGAAGAGCAUGGUGUCACAUGGCUAACCAAAGGCAUGCAGAAGAUCAAAUCACAUCACCCCGUGUACACGUUUCUUCGGUACAACAAAUACAUGAUGAGAAGCAUACCACAACAAUCUUUUCGCUCUGGUGGUCGUUGUAGUUAA